CACAGCCGGACCGUCAUUGACGCCAUGAGCGCGCUGCUGAGGCUGCUGCGCACGGGUGCCCCCGCCGCUGCGUGCCUGCGGUUGGGGACCAGUGCUGGGACCGGGCCGCGCCGUGCUAUGGCCCUGUACCACACCGAGGAGCGCGGCCAGCCCUGCUCGCAGAAUUAUCGCCUCUUCUUCAAGGAUGUAACUGGUCACUACAUUUCUCCCUUUCAUGAUAUUCCUCUGAAGGUGAACUCUAAAGAGGAAAAUGGCAUUCCUACGAAGAAAGCACGAAAUGAUGAAUAUGAGAAUCUGUUUAAUAUGAUUGUAGAAAUACCUCGGUGGACAAAUGCUAAAAUGGAGAUUGCCACCGAAGAGCCACUGAAUCCCAUUAAACAAUAUGUAAAGGAUGGAAAGCUACGCUAUGUGGCGAAUAUCUUCCCUUACAAGGGUUAUAUAUGGAAUUAUGGUACCCUCCCUCAGACUUGGGAAGAUCCCCGUGAAAAAGAUAAGAGCACGAACUGCUUUGGAGAUAAUGAUCCUAUUGAUGUUUGUGAAAUAGGCUCAAAGAUUCUUUCUUGUGGAGAAGUUAUUCAUGUGAAGAUUCUCGGAAUUUUGGCUCUUAUUGAUGAAGGUGAAACAGAUUGGAAAUUAAUUGCUAUCAAUGUGAAUGAUCCUGAAGCCUCAAAGUUUCAUGAUAUUGAUGAUGUUGAGAAGUUCAAACCAGGUUACCUGGAAGCUACUCUUAAUUGGUUUAGAUUAUAUAAGGUACCAGAUGGAAAACCAGAAAACCAGUUUGCUUUUAAUGGAGAAUUCAAAAACAAGAAGAUCUCUCUAAGUGAAUCACCAAGGCUGAAAAAUAUCUAUGUCCAUCUAUCUGUCUAUAGCUCCUACAUGUUCGAAAAUGAACAAAUUUCAUGAUCAGUCUAAUUUUGCAAAUUGUGUACAUAGAAAAACUUUCUAUUUACUGUUUUGUGGAGGAGAAAGUUAUGCACCCUUAAUAUAAACCCGUAGGGCGCUCCCUCCUAAGUAUUCAUUCUACCACGACGGCACUAAGCUGCUUAACAAUUGAAAGGACACCUGAAUUAUCUUACUGUCAUAGGAUUUUUCUAUUAGAAUACCACAGAGUUACCAUAAAGUAUCUCUAAUAUGACAUAAAUGGAGAGAAUAGGCCAAGGAGUUAAAGUCUAAAACAUGGAAUUUUUUUAAAGUUAUUACCACUAGGUAAAUUGAAUAUUUGAAACCAACUUUUAAGUGGAUAACAGUAAGUAUGUUUUAUAAGUGAAAUAAGGCAUGUUAAUGAAAACUUAAAAUUUAUGAUGAGUAUUUUGCUGUAAAAGAAUUGAUUGCUGGACUCAGUGUUUUUUUUGAAGGCACAUUAAAAGAAUUCUUC